UGGUUAUGGUUCUCUAUUACUGUUGUGCUUCUGUUUGCAUUGACCUCUCUAUCUCGGUUUGAAGUCUCACAUAAAUACUUUUCCUUCUUUAAAAUUUGCUAGCUCGAAUGGAAGAUCGGUUAUCUGAUGAGAAAAAUGGUGAUAUUGAUUGUGGGAGGGUAAAGAAAUCUGACAGCCAAUCGAUGCCUCAGAAUGAAUGAAAUGAGCAUUCCGAGAAAAGCUGCAUGAAGAAUGGGAUUUGGUCCCAUGAGGUUCUUUGUGACAGAGAAUCAGAUUCAAAUUCCAAUUCAAAUCUUAAUAAGAUGAUGAAUAAGGCGUUGUUUAAACUUUCAUGGAGGUGCAAUGGUGAUCAGCACAAACAUGACAUUGUCUCUUUUGAAAAAGGGAAUAUUACAACAGCAGAACGCCGUAGUAAACAGAUUUCUUUGAAGCGGGAAUCUGACCCACAGACUGUGCUUAUUUUGACAAAACCAAAUUCGGUUUCUGUUCAAAUUCUUUGUAUGCAAAUGUUCAGGUUAAAACCAGAUUGUAUAUGUUCUUCCUGCCUGACCCCAGGUGAGGUUGAUGACCCCUGGAGAGGUUGUCCACGUGUAGGCCUUGUCCCUGGCAUUUUGUUCACACCAAUUUGUCCGCAUUCAUUAUCCUUCCGACCCCUGAUACUUCCGGAGCACGUAACUGUCCGAAUAAUGGUACCGUUUAAUAGCGGAAGUCCAGCUUGGGCAUCAUUCGAUGGAAAGGACCGGAAACUGUUGGUUGCUGGGGAUGCUCUUUUAUGCAGCAUGGCACCUUGGCCUGUGCCUACAGCACGUCAAGUUGAUUCUACUACCGACUUUCUACGCAGCAUCCACGACGGCCUGCAUUGGAACCUGAGAAAGACGCAGUCAUUCGACGGGCCUCGGGAUAUAUAAGGUAAUUUCCCAAUCUUUUAAGCAU